UUGGCUCAUUAAAUCGUUUAUUUACAUGAAAAUUAUUAUUAUUCAGGUUAAUAGAUAUAUGAUAAUUUGUGGUUGUAAAUAACUAUUUCUUUAAUUAGUUAUAAAGUGCACAUCAUCAGCCACGUAUGUCGGGAUUUACGGUAACGGGGGGCGGGACUAAAUUUCAACCAGGAAGUUUACAACGCCGCUCCAUGUUUACACACGUUUGCCUUUUCACGUGGAUAUUACGUUUACUGGUGAUAUGUCCUCAAAGAAAAAUAAAUCAAAAUCUAAAAAAGCCAGUGAAGGAGAUAAUUCACUGGUGUUAAAGCAGGAGACGAGUGACCCAUCAAACCUGCAGACAUCUCGUCAAGACGAAGGGAGCUGCAAAAGUUCCAGCUGCAACUCAUUCACUGUAAUCGAUUUCAUUGAAAAAGCUGAUGACAAAACACCCAAAAGCUGCAGAUUAACUUUGGCCCAAAUGGGCCUCAAUUCCAUGAAGUCCGCCGGUGUUUGCAUUGGGAGGCCAGUCCUGAUGACGAGUACUGCUGGACUACAGGAGGUGUGCCUGGGAUGGCCUGUUGCAUCUUUUCCAGGCGGAAAGGUUGGUCUUCAGAAAUGUGCCCAGAGCAACCUCAGAGUUAAAUCAGGUGAUGCUGUGAUGCUACACCCGAUAGCAGGCCCCGUUCUUCAGGCUGAAGAGGUCGUUCUCUGUAAAAGGUCAAACGAUGAGAUGCUAGACACACCCGAAUUCAAGAACUUCUUUCUGAGGUCUCUUGUUGGAAACAUCAUUCUGCCAGGAAACAUCAUCUCACUGAGUUAUUUUGGCCGGUCGUGCAGCCUCCGAGUUGACACCGUGAGAGGGGAGGAUGGCGUUACCCUCCAGAGACAAGCUCCUCCAUCAGGAUCAGGCCCUGACACGGAGGAGUUCUCUGUGAUGAACUCGGUCUUGGACUCCACAUCGGCUGACCUUUCCCUGCAGCUUAGCAUGCUCUCUGUGGAUGACAGCAGCCAAGAAGCACCAGGCACACCUGGAGAGCCUGCUCCCGCAGUCAGCACCCCGCGGCGACCAGCACCUCUCCUUUCUCUCGCCUCGCCUGCUGAUCCCAACACUCCUUCCUCCAACUUCCAGGAUCCGUCAACCGCUGGAUCUACAGAGAUUGCUGUCAGUCUGGAGAGCUCAGUUAGCUCAGAGCAGGCAGAGAGGGAGUCAUCAGCACCCCCUGCUGGUUAUUUAAAUAGUGACACCUUCUACUGUCUCUCGUGCUCUACCAAAGUCAGUUUUAGAAGCAGAGCGAGCCAAAUAGAUCCAAAUGCAGAAGAUCAGAGGUCAAAGGUCACCUAUAGCAUGAUUGGUGGACUUAGCAGCCAGUUGGAUGUCAUCAGAGAAGCCAUUGAGCUUCCUCUGAAACACCCUGAGCUGUUUUCCAACUACGGGAUCCCACCUCCAAGAGGAGUUCUUUUGUAUGGUCCCCCGGGCACAGGAAAGACUAUGAUUGGACGAGCCAUAGCCAAUGAGGUCGGAGCUCACAUGGUGGUGAUCAACGGCCCAGAAAUCAUGAGCAAAUUUUAUGGUGAAACAGAAUCGAGGCUGAGACAAAUAUUCACCGAGGCAUCUCAGAGGCAGCCUGCGAUAAUCUUUAUUGAUGAGCUGGAUGCCUUGUGCCCAAAGCGAGAGGGGGCUCAGAAUGAGGUGGAGAAACGAGUUGUUGCUUCUCUUCUGACUCUGAUGGAUGGGAUCGGUUCGGAGGGUCACUCGGGUCAGCUGCUGAUCCUGGGGGCCACAAACAGGCCCCAAGCUUUGGACCCGGCCCUGCGCAGGCCAGGACGCUUUGACAAGGAGCUGGAGGUGGGAGUUCCUGGUAGUGUGGAGCGGGCGGAUAUUUUGCAAAAGCAGCUGAGUUUGGUACCGUGCAGCGCCACCACCGAGGAGCUGACGCAGCUGGCAGACGCCGCUCAUGGAUAUGUUGGAGCAGAUCUGGCAGCUGUUUGCAAAGAAGCAGGUCUGCAUGCACUAAAGCGAGCACUAGCAGGUUCCCAAGUGGCAUCAGACCAGCAGCUGAAGGGAACCGUGACGGUCACUCUGCAGGACCUCCAGUGGGCCAUGUCUGUGGUGAAGCCAAGUGCCAUGAGGGAGGUUGCUGUUGAUGUUCCUAAGGUCCGCUGGUCAGAUGUUGGCGGGAUGGCAGAGGUAAAGCUAAAACUGAAGCAGGCCGUUGAGUGGCCGCUGAGGCACCCUGAGGCCUUCACCCGCAUGGGCAUCCAGCCACCUAAAGGAGUCCUGCUCUAUGGGCCCCCAGGCUGCUCCAAAACCAUGAUCGCAAAGGCUCUGGCCAAUGAAAGUGGGCUUAAUUUUCUUGCUAUUAAGGGACCAGAAUUACUGAGCAAAUAUGUUGGUGAGUCUGAAAGAGCUGUCAGAGAGGUGUUUAGGAAAGCAAGGGCGGUCGCUCCCUCCAUCGUCUUCUUUGAUGAGAUUGAUGCUCUGGCCAGCGAAAGAGGAAGCUCCUCAGGUUCCAGUGGUGUAGGAGACCGGGUCCUGGCUCAGCUCCUGACAGAGAUGGACGGCAUUGAGCAGCUCCAAGAUGUAACUGUGCUGGCUGCCACCAACAGGCCCGACAUGAUAGAUAAGGCUCUGAUGCGUCCAGGUCGCCUCGACCGGAUCGUUUACGUGCCUCUCCCAGAUGCUCCCACUCGGCUGGAGAUAUUUUCUAUCCAGUUCCGUAACAUGCCAGUGGCAGAAAAUGUGUCCCUUGAUGAUCUGGUAAAUCGGACCAACAAGUAUUCUGGAGCAGAGAUAACAGCAGUAUGCAGAGAGGCUGCCCUCCAAGCCCUCCAAGAGGACAUCAAAGCUCAGCACAUCGAGGCCAGACACUUUGAAAGUGCCCUGAGCGCAGUGAAGCCACGAAUCCCUGACUCUCUCCUCCAGUCGUAUAUCAGCUAUCAGCAGCAGCACAGCGGCCUGUGCUUCUUCUGAUCACAUUGCCCUGCAGUCUUUUUCCACAGAGGUUUUCAGCUAAAAAAAAAAUGUAGAUAUUUGCAGCUGAGCUUACAGAUCAUGUUAUUCAUAUUUGUGCUACAAGCAACACUGAAAGUACCUGAACAAGACACUUAAAAAUUAUUCAGUGAACAAUGCUGUUUAAUAAGAAAAACAAGUAAAAAAUAAAAAAAAUAAAAAAUUGAGAAU